AUUCAUCACCGCUGCCUCACGUCGCUCGUCUCUCGGACCCGCUGAAGGAGAAAUGGCUGCAGCUCUGUCCCGUGCCCUCAAAUUACCCGGUCUGUAAAUCGAGCAGAAUGCCUUAUGAUGGACUCAUCGUGUUUUGACCAUCACGUGACCUCCAUGCAAUCAUUUUACGAUGUGGUAUAACAAGCAGUAGUUGUAGUGUUAUUAGGAGUAUUGACACACUGCAGAUGAGAUAACUUUAUUCUUAUUACCUCUAAAAUAAACAAAGUAUAUCAAUGUGUAUAGUUAUAUGUGUUAAUGCCACCCUGACCAUUGUUUAAUGUGGUAAUUAAACCAUGUUUAAUUGUGUUAAUUAAAUGAAAUAGAGUAGUAGAGAUUAAAACCCGUAGCGACAUCUAAAGGAGUGAAGGAAGGAUGCAUCCACAAUGCAUCAGUAUUGUAAAAUAAUAUCUGAGUUAUUAUGCGUGAACGGUGUGUCCCCGCAGGGAAGAAGGACUCGGAGCUCGGCGAGUACGACCCUCUCACUCAGGCCGACAGCGAGGACGAGAGCGAAGAGGAUGACCUCGUGCUCAACUACCCCCGAAACGGCCUCGGCUCCUUGAAUCCGCGGGGCGGCCGAUCGGGAAGUCUCGUGGGGUCCGGCGACGAGGCGCCGGAGGACGAGGAGGAGGAAGAGGACGAAUGGAGAGAACGUCUGCCCAGCAAAUCCCGACUGGAGCGAGACGACGCCAAGGGCACGCAGUACUGGAGCCCCCGGGACCCGGGGGCGAGGGACCGGGCCGGAGAGGACAGAGGCGGCCCCGCGGGCCCCCUGGGGGGAUCCGGUCCGGGGGACCACGGCGCCGAUGCGGAGAAAAAGAGGCUGAGGAUGAAGACCGCCGUCCGCAGUGCGGCCUUCGUGGUGCCGCUGGUGUGCGCCGCGCUGCUCGUGCUGCUGUGUGCGUUCCUGAUCCCGUGCCAGAAGGGAGCGCUGGGAAAGAGGCGGCAGUGGGAGAGAGCGCUGGGAGACGCCGGAGGUGUCACACCGCCCGCGCUGGCGCUGUGGGACGUGGAUGGCGACUCGGUGGAGGACGUGUUGCUGGCCGUCACCGAAUGGACCAACGACACGCGGCCCAGCAAGAUCUACAGCGCGGUGGCCCUGUCUGCGGUCGGCGGCCGGGUGCUGUGGAUGAAAGUCAUGCGGGAGUCCGUGAUGUACAUCCAGUGCGGCCUGCAGGACGUCACCCAGCCGGCCCCCGUAGUCCUCCUCGUCGGGAAGUCCAUCCUCGUGGCGGUCAACGGCUCCUCAGGGAAGACGUUGUGGUCGGUCCCGCUGAGGAACGUCGAAUCCCAGGCGGUGUUACUUCCGGACCUCCAGGGCGACUCGGUGCCCGAUCUGCUGAUAGCCACCCUGCCGGCGGACGAGGAGGCGCUGGACCUCUGCCUGACGUUGUUCUCCGGGCGGACGGGGGCGAAGCUCGGACGCGCCGUGCCUUUCAACCUCACCGGGCAAGGGAAGCUGAUCGGUCCUCUGCUGCACGAGACGCAGCAGGGGGCGUACUACAUCCUGUUCGGACUGGGUAAUGUCGAGGCCAUCUCCCUGCAUGAUAUCUACAUUCGAGCCAUUGGCACGAUGCCCAUAACUCAGGCCCUCAGAAGGAAGGAUCCGGGGUGGGAGGGACUCAAGAAAUCCAACUCCACCUCCUUCAUACACGUUUACAGGGGGUCUGAGCAGGUGGAGUACCUGCUCCCUCUGGUGGCCGGCUUGGGCGACAACCACAACAGCCUGGACACGGCUUUUGACCUCAACUCCACCAGGAGUGACUGGGUGCUGGUGUACGGCCCCGGCAAGCUGUCGGUGCUCCGGCAGAGAGACCUGCGGAAAGACUGGACCUUCAACAUGGCGUCCAAUCACAGCCAACCGGUCCCAGGACACUUCAACGAUGACGGCAUUCUGGAUCUCUUCGUUCAGCAUUCAGCGAACGGCGUCAUGAAGGCGCUGGUUGUUGACGGAGCAGAUGGACGUCUUCUCUGGUCGGCGGAGUUCCUGUGUCCCCAUCUGGUUUUGGAAACCUCCGCAAUCUCCACCUCCACCGGCCAGUCAGCGUUCCUCUUCUGGGCCAGAGAUCCAAUCAAAGCGCGGAAGAAUGUUACCGAGGCAACCGUGUCUCCGGGCGUCGCUGCGGCGGAGCCGCUCAUCAGGAAGCUCUUCCUGUUGCACCCUGCGUACCCCACCGUCCUGCUGGAGCUCUCCAGCACCACGGACACGGCCGUCACCUCCGCAGUGAGUUACGAGGAGCGCCAGAAGGACGCCUCCUACAUCACCGUGUCCUCGCGGCCCACGCCCGACUCUGAGCCCCGCGCCCGGGUCGUCAAGAGCAUGAGCGUCAGAGCGGCCAUCGGCGAGGGCCGAAUAGUCCGACUGGACAACAAGCCCGGGGCAGCCGCCAAGCCCGGCGUGUUCGAGGUCAACAAGUUCUUCAGGGGGUUGACCUUUAAGAACCAGUGAGGAGCCGCCAGGAGGGGACGGAGGGCCCAGUGGGAAGUCCUCCGCAGCUGUAUAGACACAUCUGGUCGGGUUCAGGUUGGAUUUUGACUUCUGCUCCGUAAAAGACUGUUUGUAGGCCGGUUGGGUUUUUAUUGCUUUACAAUGUUUGUAGAAUGUUUAUUUAACUUGCAUUUUGGGGUCUUUAAUAUUUCAUCGGAUGCUGACGAUCGUUUGGACUUGAUGCAAAGAGGAACUUGAUGCUUCGGUACGAUGUGUUUACCGGACGCAGCACUCGUAACUGUUCCAUGGCCCGAGUGUGAGUGUGUGGCUUCAUUUGGUUACUAAUACAUAUAUAUAUAUAUACAGUGGGUUUGUAAAUAUGUAAUGCUGUACAGUAUUUAUUGAAUUGUUGCAAUGUUUUGAACCUUCUCACUUAAUUUGUUGUGAAAUGCUGCUCAAGAUUAUUAUCAUUACCUAACUGUAAAGCUGCCACUUCACACAUCGCCAAUGAAAGUAUGAAAAGCAAUUCUUACUGCA